AUGAAGUUCUCGGUGGUUUUAGCUCAAGAUUUAUUAUUAUCUGGUAUUAUUGCCUCACCAACUGUUUUUACUUCAGAUGUUGCUCCAGAUGUUGUUGAAGGUUCAAAUUCUGAUAAUGCUACUGAUGUAUUAACUGGUAGAUUGAAGUCUAAACUUUGCUUUGAAAGUAAUCAAAGCAGAUUUUGUUUUGGUAAAAAUCAUAAAAGUUGCGUUGAUUAUAUGAAUAAAAAUGCAGUUUCACAUAAUAAAGAAGAGAAUAUUGCUUAUUGUUCUUUCUGGUGCAGCAAAAUCAAAUCUAUUGAUGAUUGUAGAACUAACAAGAAAAAGUUCAAUUUUCAUCCAAGAUGGGCUUGUAAUGGUCAUAAAUAUUGUUAA